CCCGUGCCAGGUAGCAGAGCCGGUUGAGGUGCAAACGCCUGCUUGCUCAGCCUCGAGCUCACAGAUUCAGACGGGGUGGAGGAGGGAGAGACCCGGCCCGAUGGGACUCCAGCAACCAGCAUUCACCUCGUUGAUCUUGGUGGGGAUGUGGGUGACCUCCUGCCUCGGUGGGGAAGGCCAGAACCCUGCAGCAGAGUGGGGCACGAGACUCACAGGCUCUGGCUGCAGAUGUUCAGGCCUGCUGGAGGUUAAACAUAGGGGCAGCUGGGCAAGAGUUUGUAGCAGUGGUUGGAACCAGAAGAUAAGAAAAAUGGUCUGUGCAGAGCUAGGCUGUGGAUUCCCUUCCUCUGAGGAUCUCAGACUACACUCGGAGCCGAAAUUCAUGGAAAAGAUGACGCCGAACUGCCAGGGGAAUGGGACUACCCUGAGGAACUGCCGCUGGGAGAAAUCCAAUUGCACGCAGGGUAUCACCGCAGUUUGCAAAGAACUGGAAAAAACCACCACUGCGCCACCACCACCAACUACACCAGAACCCACUGGCCCUCCCAGGUUGCAGCUGGUAGAUGGGAGGUUCCACUGCUCAGGGUUUGUGGAGCUCUACAUGGGAGGCCACUCGGGAACAGUCCAGUCAAGUCCUGAAAACAAGAUAAAGCUGGCCCAAUGGGUUUGCCCGAAGGUGGGCUGUGGUGAUGCCUUAGACCAUAAAGAGUUGUCUUUCUUCAUGAAAAAUGAAAGUAGGCAUCUACCUGUCCACUGGGAGAUGGACUCAUCAUGUGGAAGUGACUCUGACUCUAUCCCAGACUGUUUCAAGAGAACCAGGAUCUCUCAGAACAAAUCCUCAGCCUUUGUCGUCUGCUCCGGUUUCCAGCCAAGGGUGAUCCGAGGGCUUGGGGACAGCCAGAGCCCCUGCGAAGGGGUCAUGAAGGUGUUCCAUAAGGGGAAAUGGGAAGUUCUGUGCGAUUCCAGUUCAUGGAAGAAAUCUAGAGAGGAGCAGGUGUGCCAAGAGCUGCAGUGCGGGAAGCUCUCCUUGAGCGUCCAAGUCCCAGGUGCCAAGACACGGGGAGUGUCCUGCAGCCAAGAGGACCUCCAGGAGUGUUCCACUUUCAAAAGAGCAACCUGCUCCAAAACCAGAAUCACGUGCCAGAAUUUCAAGCCAGCUGGGGUGGGAGCAGGAACCAUUGUGAGCAUUCUCCUGGCUCUGAUCCUCCUUGGAGUUCUCAUCAUUAUCUGUGGACCUCCCGCCUACAAGAAACUACAGAAAAAAUACGCCAAGAAGCAGCAGCGCCAGUGGAUAGGCCCAACUGGAUUACAGCAAAACGUUUCAUUCCACCGCAACAGCACUGUUACUCUCAGGCCCCGUCAGGAAGGUCAAGGUGCACAGGGCGAGGACAACGACUAUUCUCAGACCCCUAAGAAGAACUCCUACCUUUCGGCUUAUCCAGCUCUGGAAGGGGCCAUCAGGUCUUCCAACCCUCCAGACAACUCCUCCGACAGUGACUAUGACUUGCAUUCUGCUCGGCGACUUUAGCUUCUUUCCCCCAGGUAAGCCAUUCCCUAACCUUGACACUGUAUUGCCAGGCUGAGCCAUUCCCAAAUCACGUCAUCACCAAACCCAAGGAGGGGAGGGGAGACACAGGAGAGCUGAAUCAAUCGCUGUAUUUGCGCUUCUCAAACUCUGGCAGAUGUUAAGUGAUUUUCUACGUGGUUUGUUUUCUUGCCCUGCAGACAGAGAGUUGGGAAUCUAGCAACUAGAAAAACUGACAGAAGAGAAGAAAAAAAAUACCUGAGACGAUCCUGCACUGGAAUCAUUUCCGUGUUACUACAUGCAGCUGUAAAGGCUUUUCCCACACUGCCAGAGACAUAAGAUGGGGAAGUCAGUGCAGCCCCAAAGUACACAUCCCUUUCCAUGCAUAGGGGCAAAGAGAAUCAGGAUGUCUGCCUUCGUUUCCCCCCAGUGACUUUCGGCAAGUCACUUAGGCCCAACAUGUCAAAAGCACCCAUAAUUGUGCAAGUCUCUAUUUGUUGGUGCACAGCUUCAGACCCACCGGGCCUAAUUUUCAGUCAUAUUGAGCACUCACAGCUCCAGCUGAAGUCAAUGGGCUUGUAUGUUUCAUGCUAGGCAACUAAAAUUUGGGGCACCCAUGAUCAGUGGAUUUAAUUUUUACAUGUUGGUCACUAACCUCUGUAUUUUAUUCUAUUCGGGUUCUUGUAUUAUGCCCAUCACUAUAGUAUGUGAGCACCUUCCCAUGACAAAUUCAUCUAGCAUUCCUCGCUUGUGGUUUCUUCUCCAUUCCUCUCACUCGGAGGAAAUUUGUGCGCAUGUUUAAGUUGAUUCAUUGUUGUUUGUUAAGGGCAAGCAAGUACAAGAAUUGUGUUUUACAUUUGGGCUGUGAAGUGGUGAUGUUUGUUUACUUAAGAUAUGUCUACGUAAGCUUUAGUGUAGAUGCUUCCAACAUUAAUGAAAGGGUUUUUUCCAUUGAUGCAGUUAAUCCACCUCUCC